GCGAUACCUCGGUGCUGGCCGGGCUCUACGGCCCCGCGGAGGUGAAGGGAAGCAAGGAGCUGCCGGACCGGGCGGCGCUGGAGGUGCUGCUGCGGCCCAAGGUGGGGCUGCCAGGCGUGACGGAGCGCAGCCGGGAGCAGCUCCUCCGGCAGACCUGCGAGGCCGUGGUUUUGGGGGGGCUGCACCCCCGCACCGCCAUCACCCUCGUCCUGCAGGUGCUCAGCGACGCCG